UCACAAUCAGCUGUUUGAACGUUCCAAUUUGUGCUGCGAGCCCAGCAGCAGCGGGUGCACACACGCAAAGCCCCGCGGGCGAGCGCAGCAGCCACGGGAGUCCCGCGCGUAGCCCCGCCGCCUCCCUGACCAGCCCCCGCGAUGCCGUCCGGCCUGUGAUCAGCCGCCGACCCCUGCCGUUCCGCCGAACAACUACCUCAGCGCCACCCGGCCCUCCGCACCGCCUGGGUACCCCGGUGUUUGCACUGCUUUAGAGCGCCCCCCCGAGGCCGCUCCGCUCUCCCAACAUGUUCCAGCGCCUCACCAGCCUGUUCUUCAGCAACCCCCCGCCCCCUGAGGACCUCGACUGCCCCCGAGCCUUCGUCUCGGAGGAGGAUGAAGUGGACGGCUGGCUUAUCAUUGACCUGCCGGACAGCUACGCGGCUCCACCCAGUCCCGGGGCCGCUCCUGCCCCGGCCGGCCGCCCUCCGCCCGCGCCCUCCUUGAUGGACGAGAGCUGGUUUGUCACCCCUCCCGCCUGUUUCACUGCAGAAGGGCCCGGACUCGGGCCCGCCCGCCUCCAGAGCAGCCCCCUGGAGGACCUCCUCAUCGAGCACCCCAGCAUGUCCGUGUAUGUCACCGGCAGCACCAUCGUGCUGGAGCCUGGACCCCCUUCCCCGCACCCCGACGCGGACCUGCCCGACGGCGACCUCAGCGAAGGGGAGCUGGCGCCUGUCCGCCGCGAGCUCCGCGCCCCGCACCACGCAGCCGCCCCUCUGCCGGCGCGGGCUGCGCUGCUGGAGAGGGCGGGCCAGGUGCGGCGGCUGCAGCGGGCCCGGCAGCGGGCGGAGCGCCAUGCCCUGAGCGCCAAGGUGAUGCAACGGCAGAACCGCGCCCGCGAGAGCCAUCCGCGUCGGCCCAAGCACCAGGGCAACUUUAUCUACCAGCCGUGCCAGCGCCAGUUCAACUACUGAGCGUCCGCCGGCCCAACCACAAACCCUUUGCCGACCCCCGACCGCUAUCGGGCCCCUCCGCGGCAGCCAGUGUGUUGCUCCAGGGGCGCCCGCAGCCCACCUCGGGCUGAUUACACAACCUCCCUCAAGUGUGUGAGGUGGGGUGAUAGCCCCCUCUAAAGUCCCCUUGAUUUUCCCAUCUCUGAUUCUCUAAUCCACCUCUGGACCUCCUCUGCCCUUUACCCUCUUUCUUCGGGCCCCCUGCCCAACAUCUAUCUAAUCCUUCAUCUCCCAUACUGACUCCAUCCUUCCUUUUCUGGUCCCCAUCCUUGCCUCUGCCCUGACAUUCCCCUUUAUCUUUGCCCUCCAUUCCUCUACCUCUGGCCCACCCCUAUUUCUCAGUCUCCUUUUCCAGUCCCAGAUCUAGCUGUUUCCUUACCUUCAAUUCCCACUUUACAAGCCUCGCCCUAUCUCAUGUUUGGCACUACACUCGCUCCUGCUUCCUUAUUUUCCAUUCCCAAUAAUGCCCUCCCAAAGGGUGGGGUGGAGGAGGGAGGUUGAGACUAAAGGUUUCUAUGUUUAGUCUCACCCUUCCCUCUCACCCUGGGGGCUGGGCUCCUUGUAGUGGCUUAGGCCUGGAAAGGUAAAGUAUGUAGAAGAGGACUGUGAGAUGUGAAUUAAAGGGAGAAGGUGGAGGGAACUGAGGGGAAGAGGCAGCCUACUGGAAGUGUAGACAGGACAGGUUGAGAAGCUGUAGGAAGCAGGGCACCAUGGGAGCUGGUACUGUGUGCUUGCUCAGAGAUUGGCCUAACCCUGCUCUCAGGCUGGAGCCUGGAGUCUGCCCCCACUUCCCUUUCCUAUAAUCUCACCUCCCAAAUCUCUUCCUGAAAUCCACCCCUCUGCAGGCCCAAGUCUGAAAGGCUUAGUUAAACCUACCCCCAACAUGUCACCCCAGGAGUAGAGGCUGGGCAAAGCCCUGCCAUCCGGGCCAUCUGUUCACAUGUCCAAGGUGCUAGAACUAGCUUAGGAGAGAUGCAGGCCAGAGGGCUUCUAGGCGGGGAAACUGCACACCCAAGUGUAAGAAUGCAGAAGAAUGAUGCUGAGAAGGACAAGCUGUGGGGUGAAGCCAUCCCAAGACUGACAGCUCAGCUUUCAUCUUGCCUCUGGCUUUGUAUUUCACACCCUGCCCGGGAUGGCUAAUAAACACUCCAGGUAGGAGGCCAGGAGCUUCACUGUCCUAAUCCCCAAAGUCCCGCUCCAGGUUCUGGGCCCUAAGGGCCACACUCCCUUUUCUUCCUGAGUGCUCUCUUCCUUUCUAGGCUGCUGGGGAGAAAUGGGUGCCCUAUGGUUCCCCUCCCCUUCUCUUCCUGUAAAUACCUGGAGGAGGGAACCUGAAUCCCUGGGUGAAACAGAGGGAACAGGGGUGACCAACUUCCCCUUCUCAUGGUGGGACUGAAUUUUGGGCUCAGACACCAGCAAUAGCCUCUUGGGAUGCCCCAAGUUGCUUCCCUUUUUUUCUUUCUGUCUUUUACUAGUAUGUGCUCUUUCUUCCUUGAAACUUAAGAUUUCCUGUUAGAAACUAACAUAGGUCUUCCCCCCUCACUCUAAUUCCAGGUUUCUAGGUCUCACAGUUAAGUGGAGGCUUGGAGAUAACUGCAUUCCCAUGAGGGCAAAGGCAGCUGCCCUUCCUGACCCUGUAGCCCCAAGCCUCAUGUGGGAUGUAUGGGUAAGGGAGAGGGUAGCCCCAUGGAUACUGGGAUGGUGAUAGAGGAAGCCCUAUUGGGGUCUCCUGUCCAAGGGAGUAAGCCAAAUCUACACUAAGAACAGAUCAAAGUCCCCACGCCAGUCCACUAGGGCCCCAGUAGUUGGCAACCUUGUUCCUGGCCCCAAGCUUCUCCUUCAGUUAUGACCUUGUCACAUUUUUCUUCCAGCUACCCCCUCGGUCACUUCACAGCCAGCGUAGGGUCUUCAGCACUUCCAAGAGCUGAAAUUCCCUCCAACUCCUCUUGUCUACUCCUUUGCUGGGGCCUAGGCUCAGUCCAGGGUAGUUCCCAUGAUCCUUCUUGUGGGGGAAGAGUGAAUAAUAGGGCAUUAGGUUCAAAUUUCAAAAGGCCCCUCCCUCACCCAUAUUUCUGGAGCUCCUAUAGUUCUAGAACCUUCCAAUCUCAUCACCUGGCUGAUUGCAAGGCUCAUAGGUUUUUGUACUUUCCUAUAGAUUCUGUAGUAUUUGAGUGUGGCAAUAUUUUAAUUGUGUAUAGAUUUCUAAGAACCAACAUUACUCAGUCUCCUGCUAGUCUAACUCCUGAAGCAUCAUACUGUAUUGACUGUGUAUGUGCCUUUCACCUUGAGCAUGCUUCAGGAUUUUUUUUAAACCACAGAACUUGAAUAUAUGAGGGAACCGGAAUUCACAAAGUCCUAUGCAACCUUAGACAGGUGAGGGGUUAGAGAGUCUGUCUUGACUGAUAUUUUCAGAGAACCCUGGAGAAGUUUGUUCCAGUUUAUAUUAAUUCAUGUCAAUACUACCAGCACUUUGCCAAAACUGAGUUUGUCAGAGGGACUGGUUUCUAGAGUGAGUCCCCAUUACAUCAGAGGGUGACUUACAGUGAUUCCCCAUAUGUCUGAGUGCUCUCUUCAAGCUGGGUGUCACUUUCCAGCCUUUGCCAGUCUGGCCCCAGCAGGGUAUCACUUGUGUAUGAAUGCAAUUUGCUGCUGUUUUGAAGUAUGCCUGCUCCCAACUCCUGCCGGUAUCCUGAUCAAUUUGCUCUGACCCCUAAUAUCUUAGGUGCAAUAAGGACCCCACCAGAGCUCUUGGAGGCCUCCUCAGAUCCAUGUGGCUUUAUGUGGGGACCGAAUGCAGACACACUAUACCCCCUAUAUUUCCCCACUUGUCCUGCCACCUAGUUCCAAAUGGAACCAAGUAGACUGCAUCCCUCUUGGGUGUUUUGUGUUGAGACUGGCUGGAACGAGGAGACUCUGGUUGACCAUGUUGUGACAUUUCAACAGACUCAAGGACACAACCACCUCAACAUGGUCCUGUGGCAUGCCUGUGUAUGUGUGUAACAGAAUUUUGAUUGUUAGAUUGUAAUGUUAUUCCUCUAUGGGAGAGAGAAAUAUAAAGAAAAACAAAAUAAAAAUCUAUUUAAAGCA